UGUUCUGUUAGAGUAGCACACUCCUCCCCGGCUCAUGGUACAAUGACGUCACUGACGCCCACCUGUGCAGCAGGUACAGCCGACUCCGGGCGCGCGCACAACUUGCAGAAUUCCGCGCGUAAUGCGGAAGUGUAAGGGAGCCAAAACUUGUUUCUGUCCUAACGCACCGGAUGAACUUGUGUUUCCGUCAAUUGUGGAUUUGUGGCCACUGCAAAUGUUGACGAGGCAGCAGAACUGAAGUGUGCAUUUCAGUUAAUGCUCGUCGCGCCUUGAAUCUCCGUAAACAGCCGUAGAUCUAGUAGAUCUACUUCACCAUGUACUCCGACGACAAGGAUGAAGUGGAGCUGGAGAUUGUGAGUAGGGAAAACACUGAAAAUGGCAGAGAGGCCUUAAUUCCAAUGCUAAGCUCUCCUAAUAUUGCUGUGCAAUCAUUUGACUGCAUACUUGUAUCGCAUAUUGUUGAAGAUCAAAAUGAUCAGAGAUUCAAGAAGCAGGAGGCCUAUAUCGGCGAGCUCAAAUCGAAAAAUCUGAAAGUGACAACACUCCACCAUGAUAACAAGAUAUUCUAUGGUGUCCGUGCCCCUGAGGAAAUCUUCAACAAGUAUAAGUACCUGCUGAAGGUGUCUGAUUCUUGUAACUGGAGUGCUGAAUGUGGAGACUAUGUCCAAAACACCACAAGCUCAUGCCGCUUACUGGCUAAGAUGAGGAUUGUCUCUUUCAUCCUGGACCAAACAUUUAUAGGGACAGGAGAGAGCCUGAGGGAUCUUAUUGAGCAAAACGUGUUUGAGACCUUUUUCUGCCUCCAUGAGGGGACACAGCAGAAGAAUCUGAAGAGGAAGUGGGCCAACUGGGGGGCCUUAAAACAUCUAGCCAAACAACCUGUUGAUGAAAUCAGGGACUACUUUGGUGAGAAGAUCGCAUUGUAUUUUCUAUGGCUUGGCUGGUACACACGCAUGCUGAUCCCUGCUGCCAUCAUUGGAGUGAUUGUGUUCCUUUAUGGCCUGGCUUUCUUUGAUUCAAACCCCCUCAUAAAGGAAGUCUGUGAGUCAAAUGUCACAAUGUGCCCAAUAUGUGACAAAAGGUGCAAGGUGUGGAAUCUGUCAGACACCUGUUUUUAUGCUAAGUUGAGCCAUCUAUUUGACAAUGAAGGAACUGUGGCCUUUGCAAUGUUUAUGGCUGUUUGGGCCACUCUGUUUCUGGAGCUGUGGAAGAGGCAUAGAUCGGUACACGUCUCCAGGUGGAGGGUCUUUGACUGGUGUGAAGAUGAGGAGGAAUUGAUCCUGGAUAUUGUAAAUGACCCACAUUGUAAACCCAAGGAGUUUAAACACUCAUACCUACGGAGCAUUCUCGUUCUUCUGCUGUUCACAAUGGUGCUGGUUGUGAUCAUAGGCCUAACACAUGCUCUGGUGAUUGGCCGUGUGGUGUCUGCCAUACUCCUAUCCAACAGCAAUUUGGAGCUUCUGAGAGAUAACGCCAACAUGAUUGCAGUGACACUAGGAGCAGUGCUGCACUACAUCACUAUACAGGUUAUGACUCGGGUGAACAGAGUUGUGGCACUGAAGCUGUGUGCACUAGAAAAGACUCGCUCAUCUGCAGCCACAGAGAGGAGCUUUACUAUGAAAAUGUUUACCUUCCAGUUCUUCACUCUCUUCUCCUCACUAAUAUAUGUGGCCUUUUUCCUGGGCAGGAUUAAUGGAUACCCAGGCAACUAUGUGCGAAUAGCAGGACAAUGGAGACUGGAGGAGUGCCACCCUAGUGGUUGUCUUACUGACCUCUUCAUUCAAAUGGCCAUCAUUCUUCUCCUCAAACAAUCCAUCAGCAACAUAUUUGAGUUUGCUGGGCCGUGGUUUAAGCUUUGUUGUAAAAGGGCAACAUUUAAUGAAGACCUGGAGAAGUGUGGUAGCUGCAAAACAUGUAAAGAAGAUGGUCCUGGUAUUGAGCUCUGUGAUGUCUGCAAUCUCAGGGAUUGGUUGAGAAACUACCAACUGAAUACUGUCCAUGACUUCAGUUUGUUUAAUGAGUUCUUGGAAAUGGUUAUCCAGUUCAGUUUCACAACCAUCUUUGUAGCGGCAUUUCCCCUGGCUCCACUUCUUGCCCUCAUCAACAACAUUUUUGAGAUUAGACUGGAUGCAAUUAAAAUGUUGUGCAUGGAGCGCCGCCUAGUGCCAAAGAAAACGAAUGACAUUGGUGUGUGGACUAGAGUUUUAGAGGUAAUCGGAGUGGCAGCAGUCAUUGCUAAUGGACUGGUAAUCGGCAUUUCAUCUGAAUUUGUUCCUCGUCUACUUUAUCGCUAUCGCUUCGGACCAUGUGCCAAUGGGACAGCCACAGACUUGCAGUGUAUGGCAGGGUACACUGACUACACACUCACCACUGCAUACAUGUCUGAUCCAAAUGUGCGUAAAGACUUCACCAUUGAGCAGAUGACAUCAGGGGAGGUAAAUAUCACUCAGUGCAGCUAUAGAGCCUACCGCAAUGAAAAUGACCAUAGCUUCACCUCAGAGUACUGGCUCAUGCUAGCAGCCCGCUUUGCUUUUGUCAUCUUGUUUGAGCAUGUUUUACUGGUGUGUAAGUUUAUCGUUGCCUGGUAUGUGCCUGAUAACCCCAUGCGUGUGAAGAACAGCAGGCUACAUGACAAACUGAGCAGGCUGAAACGGGAAUUACCGGAAUGGAGUGCACAAUAUGACAACAGGACCACUGAUGUUUAAUUAAAGAAGGUCUUUUAAGUUCUUACAAGGACUGUGUGUGCACAGAGAAUGCAUAUAUGUAGAUACUGCCUCAGAUGUAAAUGAUGGAGAGAUGAGAGAAACGGAUUUCAGCCAUGCUUUGCAUUGUGACUGAAGGUUAGAACCGUAUUAAUGUUGUAGGGGAAUUGCAUCUCUAUUUAUUUGAGCCGAGACUCAAAUACAUUUCAUAUUUUAAAAAAUUAAAAAAAUUUUAAGCAUUUGAAAACUAAAAUAUUUGUUUUAGGAAUAGACGGUGCAGGAUAGUCAUUUCGGCAAGCUUAAUACAGCUGGUUUAAGCUGGUUUUAAACUUUUAAAUACAUUUAAAAGUAACCUGCAACAAUAAAUUAGGGAGGUUUUAGAGGUGGAAGGGAAAGGUAUUCUGAAAAUGUGGAUAUAGUGUAACUUUUAAAAAGAUUUAAGGCACAUAAAGUAUGGAAUUACCUUUAGCUGCACCUUUCAAGGGGAAAGAUACAUGCAAAGAUACCAGAGGUGUACGACUGAGAGUGCCACUCGAGGAACAAGGCAUGGGAUCCCUUUUUUUCUGAGCGUGCAACCCAUAGCUUGCACAGUGAUUGUAUACAAUUAUAUAGUGGAUGAUAAUUACCCUUUCACAAUUCCAUGAUAUCCUAAUAUGUAUUGUUGCUAUUGUAUUGUUAACCUUCUCACAGGAGGUAAAAUGAAUCAACUUUAUUUAUAUUAUAAAAACUGAACUAUAAAGACUCUUGUUAAGAUCAGUUAAUAUUGAAUGCUGUUCAAAUUGUCCCCACUUGAUGGCAGUAGUAGCAAGGUUGAACAGAGGCAACAUGAAAGAUCUAGAUGUUACUAGCAAAUACUUUUAUUUUAGGCUAGUAAAUUUUUUUACUCACAGUAAGCUACAACAGUACCUUACUGGAUCUCAGAACAUUUUACAGUUUACAAUUUUCUGUACAUGCAGUAUGAAGAGAGGAGGUUAUAUGAGUGAAAUUAAAUUGUGGUUGUGUAGUUGUAAACUGUGUUGCAAGAACUGCGAAAGUAUGAAACCCCCAAGCCUCCUGUCAUAUGGAAUUAUAUUCAGGUCUGAAUGUAAUGUUUUACAAAAUGUUUCAGAUUAUAAUGUAUUAUGAGGAGACCAAAUGGAAAUGUAUAAUGUUUGUUAUUUCUUUCAUAUGUUUUAUAGUUGUGUAAGAAUUGUAUGUAUUUGUUUCAUGCACAUUUUUUUUUAAUUAGUAUCAUAUCAGUUAGUAUAUGAUAGAUAAGAUGGCAAUAAGCUGUUAAUCAAAUAUUUCCUUUCAUAUUACAUAAAAAAGGGUCAAAUUGCACUCUUGUGCAAAAUCAGUGUCAGUACUCUUUGGGCCAUUGCAUGUUUGCUUUUUUCAUAGUGAUUACACAUUAAAGCCCAUGGACCUUCAGUUGAAAUUACAGACUUUGACCUUAGAAAGGAAGGGACACAAUGACUUUGAUUAUAAUGCACAAGCCAACAAUAACCUUUCUUUUGUGUUUCGUGUAUAAGCAGCUGUACUUUGUUGGAGCUAAGAAAUAUUCAGGGACCACUUAUUCAGGUUAAAAACUACCAUAAGGGCAUUUUUUGUGUAUGUGAUUAUGACUGUAGUCUGUCUGUUACUUUGCAUUAUUUGCCCUCAACCCCGUCCAUCACCGCCAUUACCAAACCCAAAUCCGAAACCCUUGAUUUACUUGAAAAACACUGGAAGAAACAGUGUAGCAGAAGAUCCUCUUUUCACAUGCACAAUGCACAGGCUAAUAAAUUUUGAAUCUCUGCCAUUUUCCCAGCCAAAUCUACAGCACUGACUUACCAGAAGUUAACACAGAUGCCAAGAGUAAGGUAUAUUAAAUAAGCACUGUGUGCUGAAAAUGCUUCCUCAGAUGCAUGCAUGUGUCCUCCUGUGCAUCUUGCAUUUGUGUGUAUGCACAUGGGUUUUUAGCAUAUAUUUAAUCAUAUUUAGCAUAUAUUCUCACCUAAAGUAUAAUUAGUUCUGCUACGGUCUGAUUGUGUUUGAUUGUGAUAGUACCUUAAAGCAAGGAUAGGGACCAUAUUUUUAGAUUUUUAUUGUGUGGUAUUUUACCAGGUUUAAACAUACUCAGCCAACCACACAAACCAAAUUCCUAUAAAAAGCCUUGGCGUUGACGGCAGAAGCAUGUUUUCCAUUUAUUUUUUUUAAAGAAGCUUAAAUGUUUUGUAAUAUUUGCCACCAUUCUGUUCUGUUUUAACUAAAAUAUCUGCUUAGAAAAAAAACUUGCUCUUAUAGCUGCCACAGCCUGUAAACAGAAGAAAAAAACAAUGGAUGGACCACAAACAUCCAACCAGUCAAGGGUCAACUGGUCAAUUUUCAUAAAGCUGCCCCUCUUAAACUAGCAUUCAGGUGUAUUAGCCUUGACAUGUCGUGUGGGAAUGGCUUUUUAGAGAACACUUAAGGGAGGGGAUUUUGUAUUUGAGAUUUUUUACUAUUAAAACAGCUAUCAAAACUGUUGACUUUCAUUCCAUAAUUAACCUUGGUAUCACUGUUCCUUUGCCCAGCAGUAGAAAGGCAUCCCAUCCCACUUUGCACACUGAGUUCCAAGGUUAAGCUCCAGAGCUGGACUUUUAUCCGUUUUUUUUUUUUCAGAAACUGUUCCAUAAUCAAGUGUACCAAUUUUUAAUUUCACUUCUUAAAUCUUUUCAUGCAAUGCCACAAAGUUUCUAAAUGGAGCAACAUAAAACCAUAUUUAAAAGCAUGUAUGCUUUAAACUGCAUAACCUUGUCUAUAAUCAGUGGUGACCCAUUGCAUUUUAGCCUGACCUCUGAGUAAAAAAAUGGCUAUAUUUACCGAUGCAUCUUGUUAACUAAAUGUCCCAUGUUUGAACCUGUUAUUAAAGCACAGAGCAGCUAUUUUAAGGAACCCAAGACUCAGAGACAAUUUUCACUUUUGUUGAACCCUGCUUUUUCAGUUUUAUGAUGUAUUCUUUCCAGUAAAUCCUUCAAAAAAAUGCAGAACAUGGUCAGUUAUGAAAAAAAAUUAGUGUGUUUACUGUGAUUAAAGAUUCAUGGUAUUGUGCUCUCUGACAUUCA